AUGUCUACAAUCUAUAUAGAUGAAGCCUCUGGUUCAGAUGCCACUGGUUCUGGGAGCCAGGAGGCCCCGUAUGCGUCGCUGGGCUUCGCCGUUUUUACGCACGGCCCAACAACGUCGUACCAGGUUCGAAAGGAUGCGACAGCAACAUACGACGAACCCACUCAAUCUUCUUUGAAGAAGGCCAAGAAAACGGCGGAAGGGAUGGAGAAAAAGCGCAAGAAACAGGAGGAGCUAGCGGCGAAAGAAACAAAGGAGAAGGGCGAUGAGAAGGAGAAACGAGAUAAAUUGCUGGAGGACAGCAAGAAGAUUGUUCUGGUCGAGGACGAGUCGUUGCCCAAGGCCAUAAAGUCUAAGAUCGACCAGCUUGAAUACUUUCGUGAAAAGCGAGUGCGCGUAUUCGGGUGGAUCCAUCGUCUGCGACAACAGAAGGACAUCAUCUUCCUUGUCGUGAGGGACGGCACAGGCUAUCUCCAGGUCGUUCUUUCAGGCAAAGUGAGCCAGACAUAUGCUGCUUUGACUCUCACUCUGGAAUCUUCGGUCGAGCUUAUCGGAACGUUGCAAACCGUCCCCGAAGGCAAGACUGCCCCGGGUGGUCACGAGUUGAUUGUAGAUUAUUGGCAAGUGCUGGGUGCUGCUCCCGGAGCCGACGAUGCCUUCACCAACCGCUUGAACGAGAAAUCCGACCCUUCAAUCCUCGCUGAUCUUCGCCAUCUCGUCAUACGUGGCGAAACCGCUUCUUCGGUCCUGCGUCUUAGGGCCCACCUAUUGACCGCCUUCCGGAAGGCCUUGACCUCGCACUCCCUCAUCGAAGUGACACCGCCAUGCAUGGUGCAGACCCAAGUUGAGGGCGGAGCGACGCUGUUCAAGUUCGACUACUACGGCCAGCCGGCCUUCUUAACCCAGAGUUCCCAGUUGUACCUAGAAACGUGUCUGCCUAGUUUGGGCGACGUAUUCUGUGUGCAAGAGAGCUUCCGCGCUGAAAACAGCCAUACGAGACGGCACCUGAGCGAAUAUACUCACCUGGAAGCUGAACUCGCAUUUAUCACCUUUGAAGAUCUCAUGAACCACAUCGAAGCAAUUAUCUGUGAAACAGUCGACCAACUCCUCUCCAACCCCGCUUCCGCUGCCCUCGUACAGACAUUGAACCCGUCCUUCGUCGCGCCAAGCCGACCAUUCGUCCGGAUGUCCUACCCCGGCGCUAUCCAGUGGUUGAACGAACACGGCAUCAAGCGGCCUGAGGAAGAUGCCGAAGGCAACCCGGUCAAGGGUGAAGAUGGGCAGAUCGUGAUGGUAGAGCAUAAGCUCGGCGAUGAUAUUGCAGAAGCUGCAGAACGUCAGAUGACGGAUAUCAUCAAUAAGCCUGUCUUCCUGUUUGGGUUCCCUAAGGAGCUCAAGGCUUUCUAUAUGAAGAGAAUGCCACCGAGAGAGGGUAUGGAUCAAGAAGGUAUGGUGUACACAGAGAGUUGUGAUCUGUUGAUGCCAAAUGUCGGCGAGAUUGUCGGUGGGUCUAUGAGGAUAGCUGACCAGGAAGAGCUACUUGCGGCAUAUAAACACGAAGGCAUCGACCCGGAACCUUACUACUGGUUCACAGAUCAGCGUAAGUAUGGUACGUGCGAACACGGAGGGUAUGGACUGGGUGUCGAGCGAUUCCUGGCCUGGCUGGCGAAUAGAUUCACUGUCAGGGAAUGCACUCUGUAUCCUAGAUGGCCUGGUCGUGCGACCCCUUAA